CUUUAUUGAUCUCACAUGUAUGUAAAAAAUCUACUUCAUCUAUACCUUUUAGAACAAAAAAAUAAUUAUAAUUAAAAAAAAGGUACCUAUUUAUUGAAAUUUUCGGAGGAAAUUUAUAUAAUAACGGCAACAACGCAGGGUAUACUAGAAAUGUCAGAAGUAAUGAAGUAAACGUCAAAUGGCUUAAGAAAGGUACAAACAAGUUUUGUUGUGUUAUUUUAUUUUGUUAAUUAUUUUUGUGUGUUUGUGUGAUUGCGAACUUAAGCCGUUAAAGCAUAUUUUAUCUUAUCUUUUUGAUAACUCUAUCCUAGUUCCUCGAUAGAUUGAAAAAUGAGCUAGUUCCUUAUUUCUCUUUUGUCUACUAUGGAAGGCUCAAUUAUACCCCAAAUAAACGAUUUCAAGAGCGUUGUAGAUUUCGACGAUUUCGUAGAUUUUCUCUACUCGGGUAAAUUUAUCAACGAACAAAAUUACUACGAAGUUUAUUCAAGAAGAGAAAAUGACAGAAUUGCAGCAUUGUUUAGUAUCAUUCAUUCCAAAGAAAAUUUGGAGGAUAUUUUAAAAUAUCUAAAACAUACUUAUCCGAACCAUGAAAAAGAGGUAAGGGAACAAAGGGAUUUUCGAAUAUCUUCAGUAAGAGGCGAUUUUCCAGAGCUGCCCCCGAACUACGUUUCUAGAACGAGUUUGGUGGAAAAUGUCAAAUACAAACUUAUGGAUUUAAAGUAUAAUCAAAAAUUGGUGAUACAUGGUAUGAUGGGCUAUGGUAAAUCGUGUCUAAUAAACGAGGUACUCAGAGAUAACAAAGUCCGUCAAUAUUUUGACAAUUACCUAUUUUGGAUCAAUCUAGGCGAUUGUCACAGUAAGGAAGAUGUGUGGCAGCCCAUGUUGAGAUUGUAUAACACUGCGUGUUCCGUCCUUGAGAAAAAGACCUCGCACUGCCCGGAUGACUUAGAGGUGCUAAAAGACUCACUAAUAAAAUUAUUUUUGGAAAAUAGACUGAAAAACUCACUAAUCAUUUUAGACGACAUUGGCAACAACGACGUAUUAACCGUAUUUGACUUGAAAUGCAAAACUGUGAUCACGACACAGAACAAGAAUAUUUUUUAUAACAAAAGCGGCACGAUUUUUGUGGAGGUUAAAACUGGUUUUUCCACCACAGAAUCGCUCGAAUUGUUUAAAAAAUCAUUAAAAAUUUCCAAGGAUCUUCCAUCGGCCGCCGAGGAAAUUCACAAUAUUUGCCAAGGUCACCCGUUGCUCAUUUCUCUCAUUGGUUCCUAUUUGACCGAAAACGCACAAGGCGUUAAAGGCGGACAAGAGGAAAUAUGGUCGUACAUGAAAAAUCUCUUUUCAGAAGGAAACUAUAGACUGAACGAAUAUAAUCCCGGUGCAGUAGACGUAAAUAUUAUAGUAAAAAAGUGUGUGGAAAAACUGCUUACGGACGAUAACCUCAGAGACCUUUAUCAAGAUCUCGUGAUCUUCCAACAGGACGUUAACAUUCCACCCGAGGUUCUCAGAAUUCUCUGGAACAAGAAAUCGAACGAAGUUACGAACAUCAUGAAUAUAUUAGCAGAAAAAUCGCUCAUUGUACCUUUCUUUCAUAACGAUCUCAAGUCUUACAUUUAUGGUAUUCACCAAAUAUUUCUCGCCUACCUCAAAGAAGUCACUGCCAAAUCCAGAAAAGACUUGCACAGAAAGCUGCUCGCCGGUUAUGAUAGGAUCACGAAACAAAAUUACGCUUCCUUGCCCAACGAUAAUUACACCUUCCAGUUCAUCGGAUACCAUCUGUACCACGCAGAAGCGUUCGAUAAGUUUGAAAUCUAUUUCGAUUUGAAAUUUUUGGAAUCGAAAUUGAAGGCCGUCGGCAAGGAAGACUUGUUGAGGGACAUGAACAAGUACGAAGAUUAUAUUACUAGAAAAGUAACCUCUAUGAAAGAAAAACUCAACGAAUACAAAGACUUUAUACAACGUUGCGGUGCCAAUCUUUACAUAUACCAUAAGUCUGAUAUAGUACAGUAUGCUUUGCGUGAAAAUAGAGACACUUAUGUUUUCAAAGAUGCAUUGAAAAUCGCUAAAGCGUCUCCUCAUCUCUAUUUUCAACUGCAGAGACCUUGCGAGGGCUUGGAUUAUUCGCAAAUAAUAAACAUCAGAGACGAUAUCACUUCAGCCUGCUUUGUCGAUUCUCCGUAUCAUAUUCUAAUAGGAACCAUCCAGGGAAAAAUAACGCUGUUUUAUGAAGACAGCACCAAGGAGAUAUCGAAUUUCGUCGGCCACGCCGGCGCCAUCAAAAAUUUGAUCGUCAGUCCGGACAAAACUCACUUUUUGUCCGUGUCUGUAGAUGGCACUGUGCUGUUGUGGAAGUUCACGGCCGACAGUUCGAGAAAUAGUCGAGAUUUUACCUACGAGUUCUCAAUUUCUCCCAAAGCGAAACAGCCUUAUUGGCAAGACAUGUACACGGCCGAUCGCGGUAAGACCUUGCCUCGCAAACGUUUCAAAAUCGACGAAAAAGAUGACUUUUUAAUAUCGGCCGCUUUUUGCGACAAUUUUCCAUAUACGUUUCGCAUAGCGACAGGAAGCAACAAGGGGAACGUCAUCAUUUGGGAUGCUUUCAGCGAAAGACAACUGUAUACGACUGGAAGAAGGGGGUUUUCCGCUCCGUGUCUUUUGUAUAUGAACGAUGAAGGUGAAGAAAUUGUAAUUUUUGGAGGCCAGGAGAGCAUAUUCAAGUACAAAGUGAUAAACGAUCAGUUGCAGUACAUAUCCCAGCUGCACAACACCGAAAACUGUAACUCUCUUUUUUGCAAUAAAUUGCAUGAUUCACACGGCACACUGUUGGCCGUCGGCGAUAGAAAUAUCACCAAUUGGGAAAAGAACAAGAAAACCAUCAUGUUCGAAAACAAAAUCGAGGAAAAAAUUAAUAUAUGCUCCACGUUGACCAAUGAUAAUAAGUAUUUGGUUGUUAGCACCAAUCAGAAGACGGUAUACAUUUGGGACAUAGAGGAAGAGAAAAUUCUGAGGGAAUUUGAGAAUAAGGGUUUGGCGAAAUCGCUGGACACCUUUUACGACGAAGACAAGUCCGUUCAUAUAUUGCUAAUAGGAUCGGAUAAGAAAACGUUGCAGCAAUGUAACAUCCAACCUCACGGUAUAGAGCCACAAGUCGAGAAAAUUCCUGUAUUUACACCGUUUUGGAAACGGAAGAAUCCUCUUACUGCUUUGGUCAGUGACGACAAUAAAUUGCAGGUUUUCAGUGGCUACAUACUCAUAUCUGAAAGCGAAACUGUGUUAUCCGAUAUCACGUGCACUUGCUUCUCGCUAUGCGGCAACAUCGUAAUCUACGGCACCAAAAACGGCCUCGUGUGCACCUACGAUCUUCGUUCUAAGAUAAAGAGCACUUUACAGCUACCCACCGGUCAUGCGGUGACGUUUUUGAAGUGUUUAGACCCCACCAAGAGCUACCAAUCACGCAUUCCCACCAUCAGCUCGGGUAGCAGUUCCGACAGCUUGGAUAUAUUGGAGAGCAACAUCGGAGUGGUGCUAGCCAUUUUCGAAAACGAUAUGGUCGCGAUUUAUAAUGACAAGAAGGUUUUCACCAAGGAAAUACCGAAACCGGUCAUUUUCUGUUGCUACAAACUGUUCUUGGUGAUCGACACCAACUGCAAAAUAUCCACGUGGAACGUGGAGAACGGCAAUUUUUUACCGGUUCAAAAUCAGGACAUCCUGGAACCCGUUACUCUCGGUGCAGCCGAUUAUUGCCAGCACAAAUCGAUGAUCGGUGUUUUUUAUAAGCAGAGCACUUCGAAUUUCUUCGACGUGUAUCGUUUGAACAAAGAUUACGUUUUGGAAAAGAUGAAAAGGAUAGUUAUGUUCAACGAGAAGGUUAAUGUUGUAAAAUUUUCGUGCGAUGGUGCUAUGUUGGCUUUAGGAAUGAAUACCGGUGCUAUAGAGAUUUAUGACCUAAACAACGACUACAAACACAUAUCCUUAGACUUGCAUGAUGAUCCUAUUCAGCAUUUGAUCUUCGCACCGCACAAAGAGCCGAUUUUACUCAGUGUGGGUGAAGAAUUGGCCUGGUGGACACUGAAAGCCUUCCAAAAGCCCGCCAAACGAAAAGGAAGACCCAACGGUAUAGACAUACUAGAAAAUUUAACGACGGAUUUAAACUCGGUGAAUAUAUCCUAUUGGGCCGAUCGUAAGCCGAUAGAUGGCUGCGAUUACCUCCUUUCGUUCAUCAAACUAAAAGACAAAGCAAAAUAUAUGUCAGCUUCGAAUGAUUUCAAUUCGUUUCUAUGCGUCGAUAGUAAUGGAAAAGUCUACAUAAUGGAAAUCAUCGUGCCAGUUUAAAAUUGGCCAUUAGAAAAUGUUAAAAAAAAUAAUCCUGUUAUUGAUUCGUACGAGGGCGGUGAUUGCUCAAUAUUUUUUUUACAAAAUGCGAGUAUUUUAUAAUUGAUCGACGUCCGCUGUCAAUCUGUCAUUCGAUUUGACAGGAUUUUAAUUAAAAAUUAAGUGUUUGAAUUUACAGAUUUUACUAUACAUACUGAAGAUGGGGCCUUCCUUUUAUGGGUUAUGUCUAAUAGGACAAUUUACCCAUUUCUUGCCUAGUCUAUUUGGCCUUUGAUUCCCUCUUGAGUGUAAACUUAAGGGUGUGCUGCUGAAGAGUUUAUAUAUUAGCCGCUUUUUUGAUAAUUGCAUUUUGUGAAAUAUCUCGCAAACGUUUCACCUUAGGACAAAAUGGGAAUAACCAUUGUUGUAAAUAAUAAAAUUACUUUGAUCGUUUAUUUGAAACUUUGAUUUUUUCGAUAAAAUUUAUAUUUUUUGAGUUACAACACUUCGAAAGUUUUUUUAAUUUUGUAUGCUAAAUGUCUGUCUAACCUUAUGUCGUAUAAUGAACCGUUUGCUACUUUUGUAACAAAACGCAUAUUUACAAAAUGGCGGUUAACGCAUAAAUUUGACAGCCGCUUGUGGAUGAAAUUGCGGUGGUUAUGUAAAGUAAUUGAAAUGUUUAGAAAGACUGAUGUGUUCAACAACGAAAUUGACAGCGGUCGUCCCAGUCAAUUUUUUUAAAGCAAUUUUACAAUAAGAAAAGCUCCUUUACGGGUUUUUUCGUGAUUUUCCUGAAAGGAAAAACUAUACGGUUUUUCCGGUGAUCUCUGCGCUGCCAACUCGACCGCCCUCAUGCAAUGAUGAAUGAGUUCGGCCCUGUGCAAUAUUGAAAAGGUUGCUCAAAGGUGCCUAUAAUAAUUUCAGUGAAUUAUUUACUCUAACGAAUAUUGUUUUAUUAAUUUUUAGAUUUAGAUUUAAUUUUUUUUCUGUAGGCAGUGAUAUAUGUGAUUUGACAUAUCGUGAUUGUUAGGUUUAUAAUCAAAAGAAAUUUUCCACAGUUUUAAUUUGUUUAUUCGUCAAAUGUUUCAGGGGUUGUCGGAGUUUGGUUAAAAAUUAGAAGUAGCGUAGAAAAAAAUCAAAUUAUUUUGAAGAAAUCUAUUAAGCGGGCUUUGAAAAAAGUAUGUUGAACGUACUUAAUAACUUUCAAAACUGCUUGGUGGGUUUUACACGAUUAAUUGACAUGUUAAAUACAGUUUGUUUUCCAUUGUGCUCCUUGAGGCGAUUACUUAUAUUUCAGUCGGUUUGACAAAUAUACAAUGUAUCCCUCAUCAGAUUGUAGAGCAUGGUGAUUUUGUAAAUGGAUAGAUAUACAGAUUAGAUUAAAUGGGAAGGAAGUUAUCUAUUGAGUGGGGCAGUAAUGUGUGACAAAAUACUAUAUAUAUCCAGAACAGUAAUCGAAUUAAUUAGGAAACUAAAUUAAAAUUUAACUGUGCCUGAUUCCCCAUGCUUUGAAUUCUUAUGUCGGACACACCUGAUACAAUUCAUAAAAUCGACGAAGAAUUUUAAAUUUCUUGCACCAUAGAAAAAAUUAUAAAAUUUUACAUUGCUUUUUUUAUAUAGGAAAAAUACAUUUUAAAAAUCUCGAAAAUUGCUUGCUUGCUAAAUAGGUUAUUAGAAAAUAAAUUAGCAAUAUUGUUUUUAGCAAUAAAAAAAAACUAUAUAAAUAAAUUUAAUAUUUUUUCCUUCGAACAUUUGACGAAUAAUUUAAUACAGGGUUUGUCAUUUUUUUAUAAAAACUAAAAAUCUAUAAAAUAUUUUUUAUAUAUUGAUAAGUCCUGUAUAUUAAAUCGGAU